CUGAUGAUGGACAACUAUGCUAUCACUACCCAAUGAGAAAUCCAAAUCCAAAUACCAUACAGAAUAAUACUUGUGAAUUAACUGGUAGAUAUGUAGUUUUCUACAAUAGAAGAGAUACUGGAAAGGCUUUCGUAGAACUUUGUGAAGUAGAAGUCUUUGGUUGUUACAUAGGACGAUAUGGACCACAGUGCCAAUUUCCCUGUUCGCCCAAUUGCAACGAUGUUACAUGCAAUAUUUGGGAUGGGUCAUGCACAUCUUGUAAAGCAGGUUUCAAUGGAAAUCGUUGUGAUCAAGGAUGUGCAGUUGGUACUUAUGGGUCAAACUGUGUGAAUAUUUGCAAUACCUGUAAAAAUAAUGAUUGCAACCAAUUCAAUGGUAGAUGUACUCAUGGAUGUUCUGCUGGGUGGAAAGGUUCCAAGUGUGAAAUCCGCUGCAGUGCUGGAACCUAUGGCGAGAAUUGCAGGCUUCAAUGUCAUUGUUUGAAUGGAAAUACAUGUGAUAACAUAAAUGGUCAUUGUCCUAGAGAAUUAUGUGAUCCUGGAUGGAAAUCAAACACUUGUAGUCACAGCUGUGAAAAAGGAACAUUUGGGAAGAACUGUCAUCAAAAAUGUACAAAUUGCAUUACCGACAAUUGUAACCGUUUCACAGGAACUUGUGAUCCAUUGGGAGUAUGUAAAUUAGGAUGGCGUGGACCAGGAUGCAAUAAUACAUGUUACACAGGAUCAUACGGGUUGAACUGUUAUAUGUCAUGUAGCAAUUGCAUAAACGAGUCUUGUGAUCAUCUUGAAGGAAUAUGUCAGGUUGUUGGCUCUUGUAAAGCAGGAUAUCAUGGUUCAAAAUGCAACGAAGCUUGUAAAUCACCUUCAUUUGGACACAACUGUCAGCAAACGUGUCACUGCGUAAAUGGCACAUUAUGUAAUAAUGUUAAUGGUCAAUGCGAUUCAGAUUCAUGUGAUCGUGGUUGGAUGGGUUCUUCAUGUGUUCAACCAUGUUCCCCGGGACAUUUUGGGUAUAACUGCGCAGAAACAUGUACGGGAUGUUUGGAUGAAGAUUGUGAAAAAAAUUCUGGUAACUGUACAAAAUUUGGAUGUCGUAAUGAUUAUACAGGAUAUAGAUGCCAUCUGCGAGAUACGAUCCCUUUAAAGAACGACAAGGCACAGUCAACAAUUAUUGGAGGAGUUAUUGGAGCAAUUGUGGCUGUCUUUGCAAUUAUAUUAGUUGGAAUAUUAAUUUACAGGAAACGUACAAAUGGGCCUGGUAAACCAAUUAGAGGCAAACAGUUUUCAAAUGAUGUAGAAGAAAUGUGUAAUCCAGGAUAUUCCAAAGAAACAUUUGAAAUUCCACAAUACGCACAUGUAGAAAAAGAAAAUCAAAUGUCAUUUAAAGGACUGGAUGAUUGCCGAGAAGAUUCUGUUGAGUUAAGAAACGUGUCAACGAAUGAAAAUGUGUAUGCCAAUGGUCCUAGACCUGAUAAUCGUUAUUCGAAUACAGAGUCAAAAGAUGUUGAAAAUUUAUAUUCAAAUACAGAGACAAAAAACAUAUUUUCAGAAUACAAUAUUUCCAUUGGCAACUUACCAAGCAUUGCUAAAAUAAAACGAAAAAAUAACGCAUUUAAAAAGGAAUAUUCUAUGCUACCAAUGGGUUCAACUUUUCCACAUUUAGAGGGUGAAAGAGGAGAAAAUAGAAAGAAGAAUCGUUUUCUGACGACAUUUCCGUACGACCAUUCAAGAGUUAAGCUAGAAACGUAUAAUAACAGCACAGACUACAUCAAUGCCAAUCAUAUUAAGAGCUACAGCAAAGACAAUGCAUAUAUUGCAACACAAGGACCUAAGAAAAUAACCUUAAGUGAUUUUUGGCAAAUGAUUUGGCAAGAAAACGUGGAAAGAAUUAUAAUGGUCACAAAACUAGUGGAAGGUGAAAAGAAAAAGUGUGAACAAUAUUGGCCCGAAUCAACACAUAAACAAGUUUUAAUUGGCAAAUUUACACUUAAAAUGUUGGAGGAAACAGAAAAUACUGUAUACACUUAUCGCUGUAUACAAUUAUCGUGUGGAAAUACCGACAGAACAGUUCAUCAUUUUCACUUUACAAAGUGGCCAGAUCAUGAUGUGCCGGACAAAACAAAUUUAGUGAAUUUCUACCGCAAAGUGAAGUCAGUGCCAACUAGUUUAUCUGGACCGAUGGUAGUUCACUGCAGUGCUGGGAUUGGCAGAACUGGAACAUUUUUAGCACUGGACGCAUUAUAUGAACACGGCAAAACUACAGGGUUUGUUAAUAUAAUGGAAUACACACAUAUGAUGAGACAAGACAGAAUGAAUAUGAUCCAGACUGUGGAACAAUAUGCGACGGUGUACGAUGUUUUAGUAGAGGCUUUCACCGUACCUCAAUCCGCUAUUCCUAGACAAGAUUUCCUGAACAUGGUGGAUUCAAGACUUAUUGAAAGGGAGUAUCACAAAUUACAGGACUUAAAGCCUGAAAUUGCGGUUAAUAAAUUCCUAGCAGGCAAACGAAAGGAAAAUGUUUCAAAAAAUGCAGUUCAAAAUAUUUUACCACAUGAUGAUUACAGGCCAUAUCUUAUGUCGUAUGGGAGAUCUAGUAAUGAUUAUAUAAAUGCUGUGAAGAUACCAAGCUUCAUAGAAGGAAGAAAUGUUUUUGUAACACAGUAUCCAUUACAAAAUACUAUCGGUGAUUUGUGGUCCCUGCUCUAUGACAAUGAUUGCAGAACCAUGGUUAUUUUAGAAAAGUUAGAUGAGGAUGUACCGGUAAUACCGAGUGAUACUGACCAAAGAUUCAGCAACGAUAAUUUCAUCAUAAGCAGAAAUUCGUCAAAUGUAUUACAAGACAAAGUUAAAGUUUCAUUAAGACAUAAAAACAAGAAAGAAGAAAGACCUUUAACUGUUUUUAUUUAUAACGACUGGGAAGAUAAUAACACGAUACCAAACUCUACAAAGACUAUGGUUGAUUUCAUGGAAAAUGUCACAAGGACUACACGGGAAGAUGAUAAAUCCAUAGUCGUCAUUUGUAGGGAUGGCUGUACCAGAUGCGGCAUAUUUGUUACUUUGGACCUGGUUUUAGAGAAAAUGGAAACAGAUGAAGAAAUUGACAUCUUUCAAGUUGCAAGACGAAUUCAAAUUCGACGGCCUCAAUGUUUGUCCAGUAUUGAGCAAUAUGAGUUUUGUUAUUCUGCUGUGAAGGAAUUACUUAGCAGUGAAUCUGUGUAUGCCAAUGCAUAAACCUUGUUAUCAGUCUGCAGAUAAGAAGUUUGUUGAUGAUAAGUGUUUUUUUUCUCGUGACACAUUUACUAAUUAUUACUUGCGCAUUUUUAAUAAACGUUUUCUUUUUUUUUCCUAGUAUUAUACUUUUUUUAUUAUCUGACAUUUGAUCUAUUGCUAUUGUAUUAUUGAGUUUCGUUUUAUUAUUCUGUUAAUGUCCCUACGUUGUUUAUUUGUACUUCAGAUGAAAAAAAACAACAAAUAAGAACAUCAAAAACAACAACCCGUGCAAUCAUAUAUUACUCAACUGAUAGCUGUACUAAUAUCUUAUGAAACAUUUUGCGGUUAAAAUUAUCAAAUAAGGACACGUUUACAUGUACAUUAUAACUGUUUGAAGAUUUGAAACUGAAGUGAUUAUUUUUCAUUCAUCAAUAUAUAUUAUUCUUUUUUAUUUUUGCCAACUUGCUUUCUGACCUGUUGACCUAAAAGUGAUUAAAUAGCUGGCAUCAAGAAUUUUCCUAAAACAAAUAGAGAUAAGGUGGCAACCUAAACUUGCGACAGAAAUGUGUAUGAUAUAUUUGUCAGUGUAUAAACAAAGAUAAGAAGAUGUGGUAUGUCCGACAACCAACGAUCAAUUAAUGAAAUCUAAAGCUAUAUCAUGUCUUCACUUUGGUCUCUUACAUUUUUUGUAUACCCUGCUCUACACAGAAGCGGCAGAGGUAUAUAGUUUUUGACCAAUUCGUUUUCAGUCUGUCAGUCAUUCAGUCAGUUAGUAAUUUUGUUUCUGGAUGCUGACGCAAAUACUUUAUAUAGAAUUGCAACCUUACUUGGAUAUAUGGUCACAUAUAAUGAGUGGAAUACCCUAUUGGACUUGAUGUUACCAUGUCAAAUGUCAAGGUCACAGUGACUAAAAAAGGACUGAUAUUAUUGCUGGAAAAGUGGUUUCCAGAUGCUAAAUCAAAUACUGCACAUGAACUUGCAACCUAUACUAGAUAUGUGGUCACAUAUAAGGAGAGACAGACUCUUGAUUGUGAUAUUAUUACUUCUAAGGUCAAGGUCUAAGUUACUGAAAAUAGAUAGAAAUUUGUUCUGAACAUAUGUUUUCCGGAUGCUGAAUCAAAUAUUUCACACGAGAUUACAACCUAACUUGCAUAUAAAGGUCACAUAUAAUAAAAAUUCUUAUUGAUUUGGAGGCAAAAGAACAAGGAAAUUAGGACAAUCAAUUACCACAUAUGGCACUGAGCUUUACUUAGAUAACUGAUCAUUUAUGAUUAGAGGAAGAUCCCUAAUGAUUUUGUAGUCACUUGGUCUAAGGUCAAGGUCGAUAGUUACUAAAACACAAUUUGAAGACACUAUUACUUUCUUAAAGUCAUAACAGUAAUGCAUCAAACCUUAAUGUAAACAGAAAAAACUUUGCCAUCAGGCUACGAUAAGCUUUUCACCUUUAUUUGGGCGUGGGGUAUGAAGUUGAGCUUAUUUAUAAUCUUCUUAAAAUCUCAAGUUUUGACAAUAUACAAAUGUAUGUGGGUACGUUUGGAAUUAUUGAGUUUUCUUUGCGCAAAACAUUACUUUAUUUAUUUUGAGAUGAAAACAUAAUUGCAAGAAAAACAAAAUGUGCUAUAAAAUUCAAACCAUCCAUGGUCAUCAUCAAAUCUCAAAAAGGUGAAUCACAAAAAUGAGUGAAUCACAUGAAAUUGAAUAACAACAUAUAAUUUAAAUAAGAAAUACAUGAAAUGCUAAAUCAUCGUACAAUUUAUAAUGAUGUUUAGCAACUGCAUUCCAAUCCGCUGUUAACGGAUUUGUUGUUUUCGUAGAAGCGUGCUCGCCUCGAUUGCGUGACGUCAUGGAUUCGAUUCCAGGUCGUGUCAAGACAAAACCUUUACUAUUGAUUUUUGGUACUUCUCCACUAAGGGACUUAUCAUUUUUUACCUGGGAGGGGGGGGGCUGGUCAUUUUGAAAUCAAACAUAUCAAAUUUUCUUGAUCCCCCCAUAAUAUUUCACUAUUUUUAUUUGAUCCCCCCUGUAAAAACAUUUAAAAAAUGUGAUCCCCCCUUCUAUUAAACAUUAACAUGCCAAAAUUUUAACAUGCAAAACACUUACCGAGUUAUUUCACAGAAAUAUUGCAAACAUGAAAUAGUCUUUUCUUAUUUCCUAUAUUGGGCUAUUAAAGAAAACUUGUUCCUAAGUAACUCUGUAAAAAAUAUACUAGAAUAUGUCCCUCUUUUGCGUAAACGUAAGUUUUACGUUAGGCCUUAUAAAAACCUCCAUUGAGUCGGUAAACUUUUAUAUGGAAUAGUUCAUGCUUUUAGCUUGAACAAUUCAACUACUCAUUUAUUGUCUCGCCUUGACGGAGUCAAAAAGCGAGACAUAGGUAUGCUGUUUCCGGCGUAGGCGGCGACGGCGGUGGCGGCGUCAACAAUGUAUUAGUUUGUGAUUAGGUCUAGUUCAUGGUGAACCACUAGUGGUAGGUCAAUGAUAUUUGGUAUGCAGUUGUAUUAGCAUUGGCACAUCUCAUUACCAUAGAGAUUAUUUGUACCAGCCCCCUCAGUUAAGGUCUAUUGACUUUGAAACUUUUCAUAGUUUACAUGUAUUACUUUGCGAUUAGGUCAAUUUAUGGGGAACCACUAGUGGUAGGUUAAUGAUAUUUGGUAAUAAGUUAAUGGUAUUUGGUAUGCAGUUGUAUUAACAUUGGCAUGAAGAUUGUUUAGCCAUGUACCUUCAGUCAUGGUUCAUCGACUUUGAAUAUUUGCAUAACUUACAUGUUAAAGUAUUGCUAUUUUAAUUUCAACAUUUGCAUUAUCAAAAUUACAAAAAGGCGAGACAUAUCUCUGUGAUAACAGUUUAUUGUUACAUUUCAUUCAUUAAUGUGUGAUAUAUCAUCAUAGUAGCCCCAAAAAUUUUGUUUUAUUAGCCUAAACAGUACAAAUUUUGAGGGAAUGAGAGGUCUAAAUGGACCCAAAUGGAUCUUUUAAUGAAAACAAAAAGGCACAUUAGUGGUGUUCGUUAUCUCAGAAUCAUCUGUUUAGACUUUUGUAUCAAAAUUCAACUGUUUGUAUGCAGAUUAGAUGAAUAUGUGAUCAUUUAUUGGAGAGUUUAUUGCUCUACACUAUUUUCUUUCAUGAUGCGGCUUGAUUUUAAUUUUUUUACCAAUUUUUUAACAAAUCGCUGUAAAUUUUAAUUUAUACUUAAUUUCUCCCAAACUAUUUAGCUGAUUAUAACAAAAUGUGAGUGAAAUACCGGUAUAACGACUGGAUUAUUCGGGUUAUGAAGCACCAAUGCAUUUUAUAUGGGACAAAAUGACACAAAAAUGGCAGCUUCCUACAUCACCUAAGUCAUGUGAUGUCUUACUUAAUUGUCAUGAUAUGAAUGGUGGUAAACAUAUAUUUCCGUUUGACUGUUGUAAUCAUCGGUUCUUCUUCACAUUUUGUAUUUUGAAGUAUGCAAACUACUCAUUUCCAUGUGCAAAAAAUAUUGAUCCCCCCCCCCACUUUGAAUUCAUAAAAAAAAUUGAACACCCUUUUUCCACAUACAGAAAAAAACUUGACCCCCCCUGCAUUUUGACCAGCCCCCUCCCAGAUAAAAAAUGAUAAGUCCCUAAGAACGAGAUUUUUAUGAGUAAGAGGAAAGGCUGGUCGGCCUGGAAUCGGAAUAAUGUGUACGGGUAGGGUGACAUGUCUUCCUGUAAACUAGCACGUUAGAAUCAUGGCUCUGUGUUGUUCAAAAAGUUGUAUAAAACAUCAACAGGUUGACGUCAUCAGUAUUGGACAUGCUGAUUUAUCAGUAUAAGAAUAGACUUGAUCAUAUCAUUAAAUAAAAUGUUUUACAAAGAAGAUUCCGUGUGCUUUAACCCAAUGAGAAAAUUCCUAUUCAUAUAAUACACAGGCACUAGUCUCUGACAAAAAAAUACCUACAUACUUCGUACGGUGACCUUUAGUUGUCAACUUCUAUUUUAUUUGGUCUCUGUUGGAAAUUUGUCUCGUUGGUAAUUAAAUUUUAUAUGUAAAGUCCACAGAGAGUCUGAUUGAUAUUGAUAGAAUGGGAAAAUUUGUGUUUAAAAAAGAAACUAUGAUUCACUGCGAGAUUAUUAUAAUAACAUUGCAAUUUGACUUUGAAAAGAAGACACAAUUUACGGUUGGUCUACAUGGGAGGCCUGCUACGUAUGAUUCCAACAACAGAAAUAGGCGUAUUAUACACAAUUUUUUAGAUAAUUUAAUAUAGACUUACAACGUAAGUUUCAGUGGGAUAGACAACGGCGGAAUCGAAAUAUAUCGGAAUUUUGCGACCGAGUGUCAUUUCUCAAAAAAACGAGUUGGGUACUUUGCGUUAUAUUAAAGUAAUUAGGUAAUUUUUUUCAGAGACAGUUGCCUGUGAUAAAAUAUACUAGCAAAAUUAUGAAUGAUUAAAAACAAAAAUUUAAAUUGAUAAAAAAACGAAAAGUGUUCGUACAGUGAUUUUUUUCAUGAUGAUGUGGUUCAUUUGGUCAUGGUUUGGUUAGGUCGAUUGCCUUAGUUCUCUAAAAUAAGCAUACAAAAAUUAAUAAGUCUUAGAUGUUAGAAUCAAUGUUUUACGUCAAAAGUUCAAUAUUUUAAUUGUGGUUGUUGAAAAUUGACAAACGUGAAGCGUCAUAUCGAAAAUUUGACAUGGUUUGCUAAAGCAAUUGACAUGAUUCAGUUAAGUGUUUCAAAUUAUGGUAUUCUUAAUGCUUAAAUUUUAAUUGUUUAUAGUAUGUGUUAUUUUUAAAGUGUCUCAUUAGUCAGUUAUUUGGCUGGGUACCAAUAUCUUAAUUGUUAUAUUCAAUUUUUAAUUGCAUAAUAUGUAACUAUGUAAUCAUUGUGUUUUAUAUUGGUUUGUGACAUAAUAAUAAAUUAUUCUGAUUCUGA